AUGGAGUUGUCGUACACCCUAAGCCACGAACUCGGCACCAUGUUCGGCUUUCUGGCCGCCUGUAUCCUGACUGUAGGAGGAUACUACAUUAUCUGGCAAGCACUCCAACGACGAGCUGCUGCCCGCGACGAAGCCCGUCGCAAAGACCUCCAUGCGCGCGGCUUCCACCACGAACGAGGCGGCUACCACGACAAAGCGCUGCAUCGAUACGCCAGUCGCGAUCCCAUUGCGCAAAGCCAGGGCCAAACACUUGAGUUUCUCACGGAGCCUGCUCAGUAUCCGGGCAUGAUGAUGACGAGCAGCGCAGACGAUCAAGCGAGCAGCAGUAACAGCAACAACAACAACAACUACGAUAAGAACCACAGCUACGCAAACGCGAAAAGCGAGCGUGACGUUGGGGUGUUACCGUGGAAUCGUUUCACGGAUUAUCAAGAGCAACACUACGGUAAUAACGGAGCUGGAUUGAGGAUAGAUUCUGCAGUACGGAACCAGAAGAACCAGAUUGAUAGCGCUGUGAGUGAUGAGACGCCGUCGACGAUACAUGAGAUAGGGAAUUGGGCAGAGUACAAGUGA